GACACUUCGAAGAUAAUCGAAGUGUCUUCUUAUCCUCUCCGAAAUGUCCUUUACAUCAAUAACCAGAUUAUCAUUACUGGUUAUUCUUCUUUCGUCCUCAGAAAUUUUUGCAAUUAUAAAAUUUUUUAUCAGCAUAUUCGUAUCUUUAUCUAAAGAUAUGCUGAAAUUAAAUGCAAAUCCUUUCUGUUGGACGAAAGAAUCAUAUGCCUUUCGGACUAAUCCGGUCUUGUACAAAUCCUUGGGGACUUUUUGGCCAGAGGAUCUUACUGAAGAUCCACUGGCUUCAACUUUUUCUUGCAGACGCAAGACUGUUUCUUCCAAACGUUGAAUUCUUGCUGUCAACAAAGCAGCAUUACUGUUACUGGUGACAGUUCUUCCUCUGUUAAGGUGUUGGGUACCAGAAGUAGUUCUGAUAGCAGGAAUUUGGUGAGUGUUAUUGGAGGUAGACAUUUUGAUAGGUAAAAAUAAAGGUUCGUGAGAAGAAAUAUAGAAAUAAUAUAAAUAUAUUGCUAAGACUUUUUACAUUGUGUUGUGA